AAUGUGAAUGUGUGAGAUGUAGGUUUAGGUGUAGGGUUAGGGUAAGGGGAUAGGAAAUACAGUUUCUAUUACAGGCUGCUGGGAUCAGGAGGAUCAGAUGAGAGUCUACAGCUGCCCUCAGUGCAGACAGACCUUCAGUCCAAGACCUGCUUUAGCUAGAAACACCAUGCUGGCUGAAGUGGUGGAGAAACUGAAGAAGACCAAACUCUCUGCUGACUGUGACGCUGGAGCUGGAGAUGUGCAGUGUGACGUCUGUACUGGAAGAAAAUACAAAGCUGUCAAGUCCUGUCUGAUGUGUCUGGAAUCUUACUGUCAAACUCAUUUUGAGCGUCAUGAGGAAUUUCAUUCACGUAAGCCACACAAUUUGACUGAAGCCACUGGACGACUGCAGGAGAUGAUCUGCCAGAAACAUGAGAAGAUCCUCGAGGUUUUCUGUCGCACUGAUCAGAAAUGUAUAUGCAUGCUGUGUACGAUGGAUGAACAUAAAAACCACAACAUUAUAUCAGCUGCAGCACAGAGGACAGAGAAACAGAAGCAGCUGAAGGCGACACAGAAGACGUUCCAGCAGAGAAUGAAAGAUCUUCAGCAGCUGAGAGAGGCUGUGGAGUCUCAUAAGCGCUCUGCACAGACAGCAGUGGAGGACAGUGAGAGGAUCUUUACUGAGUUCAUCCGCUCCAUCAGAGAUCAGGAAAAGCAAGAAGUGAGUCGAGCUGAAGGAGGACUGGAGCAGGAGAUCAAUGAUCUGAGGAGGAGAGACGCUGAGCUGGAGCAGCUUUCACACACACAGGAUCACAUCCCGUUCCUGCAGAGUAUCAAGUCUCUAUCUGCUCCUCCUGAAUCUACAGACGUAAAUGUCAGUCCCUUCAGUUCUCUCGUCUCUUCUGAUGAUCUGAGAGAAUCUGUCCAUCAGCUGAGAGACAAACUGGAGGAUUUCUGCAAAGAGGAGCUCAAGAAGAUCUCAUCACAUUCACCAACAUUGUUCUCAGGACCAGGAACGACUUCCUACAAUCAUCAGCUUACUCUGGAUCUGAACACAGUGAACAAACACAUCCUUCUAUCUGAGAACAACAGCAUGAUUACUCGCACUAACACAGAUCAGCCGUAUCCUGAUCAUCCAGACAGAUUUGAUUAUUAUGCUCAGGUGUUGUGUAAAGAGAGUGUGUGUGGACGCUGUUACUGGGAGAUUGAGUGGAGAGGAGAUAGUGGUGUGCGUAUAUCAGUCUCAUAUAAGAGCAUCAGCAGGAAGGGACGGGGCAAUAUGUGUUUGUUUGGAUCUAAUGAUCAGUCCUGGAGUUUGAUCUGCUCUCCCUCCAGAUACUCAUUCAGACACAAUAAGAUAGAGACUGAUCUCCCUGUGGAGCCCAUCAUCAGUAGAAUAGUAGUGUUUGUGGAUCACGGUGCUGGAACUCUGUCCUUCUACAGCGUCUCUGACACAAUGAACCUCAUCCACACAGUCCAGACCACAUUCACUCAGCCGCUCUAUCCUGGGUUUUGGGUUGGUUCUGGAUCAUCAGUGAAACUGUGUUGAUG